UGACUUGGGGCACAUGGAUGUGGGGACACAAGGACACACAGACAUGGGGACAUGGGGGCACGUGAGCAUGAGGACACAGGAACAGGCACAGGCAUGUAGUGACAAGGGGCACACGCACAUAGGGACAUGGGGACACAGACAUGGGGAUGCGGUGACAUGGGGCACAUGGACUCAGUGACGUGGGACACUAAGACAUGGGGACACAGGGACAUGGGGACGCAGUGACACAGGUAUGCACAGAUGGGUUACGCCGUGAUGCAGGGACACAGGGACGCGCAGAAAGUGACACAGCACAGUGACAUGGCCACGCAUGGACAUGGCACAGGGUGACAUGAGUGCACGGCGGCAGAGGUACCUGGUGACACGGGGACACCCGCUGACAGCAGCAGUGUCCCUGCCUGUCCCCACCGCAGCGCAUGUGGUGUCGUUCCAGAACACAGACCGGUGGCAGCACCGUGGUGACAGUCACUCGGUGGCACGGGGACACAACACAGGGACACAGCACAGGGACACAGCCAUGCUGCGGCUGCUGAUGGCCAGUGCCCACAUCCCAGCAGCCACGGGCGCCGGGCCCGGCGUGCACGUGUCCGCCCGCUUCAGAGGUGUCCCCAGGAGCACCCGGGUUGUGCCGGCAGAGCGCAACCCCACCUGGAAUGAGACACUGGUGUGGCCGCUGGGCACCCGUCCCCUGCGUCCCUCAGCCAGCCUGGCCCUGCGCCUCCGGCACUGGGGCCAGCCAGCACCCCAGGGGGAUCUGGGUGCCACCAUGGUGCCACUGGGCCGGCUGGCGGAGGAGCCCGGGCUGCCGCUUGCCCUCAGCCACCUCCCGCUGCUGGACCCUCGGGGACGUCCCACGGGGGCCACUGUCACUGUCCGCUGCUCCUACGUCCCCCCCAGCCAGGUGGCAGCAGGGGACACCGUGCCACACCAGCAGGGAUGGGUGGCACCCUGCCUGUCACCCCCAUGCCUCUCCCCGGUUGUGGGGACAGCCAUCGGGGUGCCACCGGGGCCACCACGCCACAACGUUAAGCCCGCGACAGGGAGGAAGGAGGAUUUCCAGGUGCGGGUGAGGGUGAUCGAGGGCCACCAGCUGCAGGGGAAUGACAUCAAGCCGGUGGUGACGGUCCUCAUCGGCGAGCACCGCUUCAGGACCAGGAUCCGUGUGGGGAACAACCCCUACUACAACGAGGUGUUUUCCCAGCAUUUCCACCUAACGCCUGUCCAGCUGGCAGCAGUGCCCAUCCACGUCCAGGUUCUCAACUCCCGGGCCAUCCGCGCUGAGGCCACCAUCGGCGCCUUCAAGCUGGACGUCAGCACCAUCUACAACGCACCCGGUCGCAGGCUGAGCUGGAAGUGGCUGAGCCUGCAGCACCCCCGGCGCCCCGAGGCCGGGUCCUGCGGCUACCUCCGCGUCAGCCUGGCUGUCCUCCGCGCUGGCGAGCCUGUGGCGGAGCCGGAGGAACCGGCGGGGAGCGAGGAGGUGGAGGCCAACCUCCUGCAGCCUUCGCCGCUCACCCCGUGCGUGGCCACGCUCCAGCUCCGCGUCUACCGUGCCGAGGACCUGCCCCAGGAGGAACCGACCCGGCCGUACCUCCCGGCAGUGCUACCGGCCGGCGGCAAGCGGGGCUUCGUGGCGGCGGCGGUGCAAGCCAGCUUCGCCGGCAGGACGCUCUGCACCCGGGUGAUGCCCCCCGAUGCCAACCCUGCAUGGAACGAGGUGCUCUUCUUCCCGCUGCGGCUGCCCCCUGUCUGUGAUGCCAUCGAGCUGGCCAUCAUCAGUGGGUCCCGCGCCAAGGUCCUGGGCACCGCCACCUUGCACCUCUCCCAAAUCUCCUCUGCUGGUGCCGAGCUUCAAGGGGGGGUCUCUGGCUUCUUACCCUGCUUUGGACCCAGCUUCCUCCCGUUCUACGGCCCUCGGCCGGAUCCUGCCAAGAGACCCAGCACCCCCAGCGACACCAGGGUUGCGUACCGGGGCCGGGUGCUACUGGAGCUCAGCACCCACACCGGGAGCCCGGAUGGGCGCCAGCAGGACACCAUCGCCCCCGAGGACAUCGCCCGCGUGCAGCGCCUCCUGCCCCGGCGCCGCCGCUUCGGGCUGUGCGGGGUGUUUUACUCGGCCACCAUGCUGGCACCCGCACCCGAGCUGCUGCGCUUCGAGCUCAGCAUCGGCAACUACGGGGACACCGGUGACCCCACGUGCUACCCCGCUGCCUCUGCCACCCCGCACGGCCACCCCCUCUUUGAUGGCAAUCGCUACCACUACCUGCCCUGGUACGACGCCAAGCCGGUGGUGGCCGUCACCUCCAUUUGGGAGGACGCCGGCCUCCGCUGGGACGCCACGAACCUGCUGCAGAACAUGGCCCAGAGGCUGGAGGGAAACGUGGCCGCGCUGCGGGAUGCGGGGACGGCCACCUGCGGGGACGCCGGGAGGAGGCUGCUCCGGGAGCUGGCACGGGACUGCAGAGUGGCACUGCCAGUGCUGGAGGCGCAGCUCCCCAAAACGCCGCUGGACACGGAGCUGCGUGCCGCCCGCCUGCACCUGCUGCGCCUCAUGGCCGCGGCGGCGAUCGCCGGCCCCCCGCGCGGUGGCUGGGCCGCGCUGCUACCGGAGGCCGAGGCCUGGCUAGGCCGCGUGGCCGCGCUGGCGGCCGAGGUGAGGGGAAGGCCCCAAAUUCGAGGCCCCUCUCCGGUGCCUGGCCCUGGGGCUUUGCCCUCAGCCCCGUCCCGUCCCCAGCCGCAGGCCGGUGUCCCUGACGUGCUGCUGUGGCUGCUGAGCGGGCCACGGCGGGUGGCCUGCGCCCGCAUCCCCACGCACUGCCUGGUGUUCUCACCCCGCGGCCGUGCUGCCUGCGGGAGGCUCUGCGGCCGGACCCAGACCCUCUUCUUGGGGGCCUCGGGCCACAUCCAUGCCCAGCUCCGUGUCCGGCUGUGGCUGGGGCACGUGGCUGAGAGCCGGGACCUGCCGCGGUGCCUGGAGGGCACCCUGCGCAUCUAUGCCGAGACGUACGAAAACCAAACGAAGCUCCUGGGCAAGUGGAGCGGGAGGGGGCUGCCGGGGCGCCCCAGCUUCUCCGACAUCACUGGCAAAGCAGGGCUGCCCCGCCACCGGAUCCGGCCCCCCAAGGGCUGGCGCUGGGACGGACCCUGGGCUGUGGAGCCACCGCGGCGGCUGCUGCUGGACACCGAGGCCAACCUGGGCAAGGUGCUGGAGGAGGUCUACGAGAAUGAGAGCCGGCAGCCCGGCGGGGACUGGGGACCUGCCGCCAUGGCCAACACUGAUGCCGCUGGUGCAGCGGUGCCCCCCAAGGAUGAGGUGGCUUGUCCCCAAGGCUGGCACAUCACCGACGGCUGGCGGGUGGACGUGGCGGGGGCUGUGGAUGAGGCCGGCUGGGAGUACGGGGUGAGCGCAGCACCUGGCAGCCCCCCACUGGCAUGGCACUCCGCCGAGAAGACGUACCACACGCACCGGCGACGGCGGUGGCUGCGCACCCGCCGCAGGGAGCCCAGCGCCCAGGGACAGGAGCAGGACGUGGCCACCUUCCUCCAGCUGCACAGCCCCGAAGCGCCGGCGGCGGACGAGGCGUGGGAGUACGCGACCCUCUGGGGCUGCCGCUUCCACCUGCGGCCCCGCGCUGGGGACCUGUGCCGGCGGCGCUGCUGGCACCGGCGCAUGGUGCCAUCGCAGUCCUCAUCCGUGGCCCCCCUCUUCCUCCUCGAGGGCUCCCCGGGCACGGAGGCGGCGGUGCUGGAGGGCGAGCAGCCGGCAGCAGGGACCAGGGGCCAGGGACGCCCGCAGCAGCCCAUGCCCCUCAUCCUCUGCACCUUCCAGCGGCCCAGCUACUUCCAGCUGCGCUGCUACCUCUUCCAGGCGCUGGAGCUGGUGCCCCACGGCACCAAGGCCACGGCAGACCCCGUCGCCCACGUGUCCUUCGUGCACAUCAGCCAGAGCACCCGGGUGCUCACCCGCACCCUGGACCUGCGCUGGGACCAGGCGCUGCUCUUCCACCGGGUGCUGCUUUACGGGGACCCCCGGGGGGUCCGCGACGAGCCCCCGGCUGUGGUGGUGGAGGUGUUUGACCAAGAAGGAGAGGGUGCUGGCAGCUUCCUGGGGAGGUGCGUGUGCACCCCGCUUGUGUGGCUGGAUCUGGGGCACCGGCAGCCCCCCCGGCUGCGACGUUACCCGCUGGAGGGGCCGGGAGGGCCAGCGGGGGAGCUGCUGGCUGCCUUCGAGCUGCUGCACGAGGCUGAGGAGGGGGCCCUGGCGCAGCUCAGCACCCCGCCGUGGAGGGACGGCACCUUCAGCGUCCCCCUGGGCAUCCGGCCCCUUCUGCGGCUGGUGGCACUCGAGGUGCUGGCGUGGGGGCUGCGGGGGCUGCGCGGCCGCUCCCUCCUGCCCGUGCGCGCCCCCCACCUGGAGGUGCAGUGCGGGGGCCAGGUCCUGCGCACGCCCCCCAUCGCCGACCUCGCCGCCAACCCCAACUUCCCCAUCAACGCCUUCCUGCUGCCGCUGCACCUGCCGGCGGAGGAGGAGUACGUGCCCCCCCUCCGGCUGCGGGUGCUGGACACGCAGGGGUUCGGGUACCGGCCCGAGGUGGGGCAGGCGUGCGUGCGGGGCCUGGGGCGCUUCUGCUGCCAGCCUGACGGUGGGGGGCGACCGUCUGGACCCGGUGCCUCCCCAGCAAGCCCUGGCCCUGCCGCUGCCUGGGACAGGAUCGCUCAGAUGCUGCCCAAGAUCACCGCUGAGAAGGGGGCUACGGACAAGGCUGCGGAGAGGGAGGAAGAGGAUGAGGAAGAAGGAGACUGGUGGAGCAAAUUCUAUGCGGCCAUGGGGGACACAGCAAAGAGCCACCGGGGGACACACGGGGACAGCCUGAAGGUCUACAGCUGCGAGCUGGAGGCAGUGCCCGAAUUCGAGGGGCUGCAGGAUUUCUGCCAGACCUUUCCUCUCUACCAGCCGGGGGGGCCACUGGGGGCCGGGGAGGACCCUGUGCCCGUGGGCGAGUUCAAGGGGCUUUUCCAUCUCUACCCCCUGCCCGAGGACCCUGGGGUGCCCCCCCCACCACGCCACUUCCAGGAGCUGCCCCCCAGCCAGCCCCAGCAGUGCCUGGUGCGAAUCUACGUCGUCCGCGCCUUCGACCUGUCCCCUCGUGACCGAAAUGGGCUGUGUGACCCCUACAUCCGCGUCUCGCUGGGGGCGAAGACGCUGGGCCAGCGGGACCAGUACGUGCCCAACACCGUGGAGCCAGUUUUCGGCAGGAUGUUCGAGGUGACGGGCACCAUCCCUCUGGAGAAGGACCUGCGGGUCUCGCUGCUGGACUACGACCUGCUGCCUCCCGACCAGGAGAUCGGCAGCACCACCAUCGACCUGGAGAACCGGCUGCUGUCCCGCUUCCGUGCCCACUGCGGGCUGCCCCGCCUGUACCGCAUCGCCGGCCCUGGGCGCUGGAGGGACCAGCUCAGCCCCAGCCGGGCUCUGGAGCACUUUGCCCGCAUCCAGGGGCUGCCAGCACCCGAAUUCAGCGCCGACGGCACCGCCGUCACCUUCGGGUGCUCCACCUUCCUGCUCAGCCAUUUCGAGAGCGGCCCCCCCGCGCACCGGCACCCUGGGGCGCCCCGGGAGCGCCUGGCCCUGCACGUGCUCCGCGCCUGUCGCCUCGUCCCCGAGCACCUCGAGACGCGGACGCUCUACAACAGCACCCAGCCCGGGCUGGAGCAGGGCAAGGUGCAGAUGUGGGUGGACGUCUUCCCUGCCAGCCUUGGGCCCCCUGGCCCCCCUGUCGACAUCACCCCCCGCAAACCCCAGAGGUAUGAGCUGCGCUGCGUGGUGUGGAACACGCGGGACGUGGACCUGAGGGACACCAACGUGGCCGGGCAGAGGAUGAGCGACAUCUACGUCACCGGGUGGCUGGACGGGCUGGAGGAGCAGAGGCAGAGGACGGACGUGCACUACCGCUCGCUGCAAGGGGACGGCAGCUUCAACUGGCGCUUUGUCUUCCCCUUCGAGUACCUGGUGGCCGAGCGGCUCUGCGUCCUGCCCCGAAAAGGAGCAUUUUGGAGCCUGGAUGAGACGGUGCAGAAGCUGCCCCCCAAGCUCAUCCUCCAAGUGUGGGACAACGACAUGUUCACGGCCGAUGACUUUUUGGGCGUCCUGGAGCUGGAGCUCAGCCGGCUGCCGCAGCCAGCCCAGCGCCCCCAGGACUGCGCCCUGAUGCCGCGGCCGAGCUGCUGGCCCUGGCAGGGGGCGCGGGGACCCCCCCACCUCUCCCUUUUCCGGCAGAAGCGGGUGAAGGGGUGGUGGCCCUGCACAGUGCAGGAGGGCGGCAAGCGGCGCCUCUCGGGUAAGCUGGAGCUGAGCCUGGAGCUGCUGAAGGCCAAGGAGGCAGAAGAGCGGCCGGCAGGGAAAGGGCGAGAGGAGCCCAACAUGUACCCGGCCCUACAGCCACCCGUGCGGCCGGAGUGGUCGUUCCUGUGGCUGCAGGCACCGCUGCGCAGCCUGCGCUACGGCCUCUGGCACCGGCACCGCUGCCGCAUCGUGCUGGGGCUGGCCCUGCUGCUGCUCCUCGCCCUCAUCCUCGCCUUCGUCUACGCCGCACCGGGUUAUUUGGCCAUGAAGCUGGUGAACCCUCUGCAAGGCUGGCAUCUCUUCGGCAGUGCAAGCAAGCCCUGACGGGCCAGCCCUGCUCGGGGACACCCCCGGGGCACGAGGAUGCUGGGUGCAGGGAGUGCCGAGGGACUGCCACCCCUCAGCGUCACCUCUUCAAUAAAAUGGGACCCAGAUGACAUGCAGAGCAUCAUCCCCUGACUCUGCUGGCUUCAUCUUGGGGAGCGAGGCACCACGGGGCCAGGAUGUCGCCCUGGGGUGCUGGGGCUGGGUCGUGUCACACACCAACGUCACACACACCAACGUUUAUUCCAAGACACCAGUAACAGCUCUGGGAAGAGGCGCACGCAUUUCACUCCUGGUCAUCAGGCAAAAAAAAAAACAGAGGCAAAACACCAGAAAUAGUCCUUUCAGGCCACAAGAACGCCUGGGCACUUCUAAAAAAGCUUCCACCUACCCCGGCGGCAGCUUUCUGCCAAAAAAAGCAGUGGUUGCUCACAAAAAACCACCGCUCCCCGCGGGCUGGGACCUGGCCCGGGUCAGAAAGCACCCCGGGAAGCAGCAGGGUGCAGAGGACACGGCUCCCAGCCCUGCCCCAGGGCCCCAGCAAGGAGGGUGCUGCAGAGAUUCGCCAUCUGGACGUGCCCAGAGCUGCUGGGAGGCUCCUGGGACAAAGUGACCUCAUUUUUCCCUCUCUUGGGUCCCUCCGGGGACCCCCUGCCACCACCCCUCACUCUGGGAAAGCGACCACAGGAGCUCGAGGCAGUCCCCGGGGGGAAGGCGGCCGCCCCGUCCCUUUGCAGGUAAAACCGGCCGCGCCGUUCCGUCUGGCGACCGCUGGCGAGAGAAACACAGCAAGAAGGCGCUGAGGUAGGAAUAAACUACAGCUCCCUGAAGGGCAGCGGGAGCUGCGGCUCCGAGAGGCACGCGCAGCUCGGCUCCUCCUCGGCGGGGUCGGGACGCAGCGAGGGGGAGCCCCGGGGAAAGCCGGCGAAGCCACGACACGGCAUGCGGACGGCACCGGUGCGGGAGGCAUGCGGAGGCAGCGGCAUGCUGGAGCGGGGAGAGGGGCCGAGCCCCGGGAGGCGGCAGCAGCAGCAAACAGGUGGUAAAAGAGGGGAGCACGGAAUUAAGCCCCCAGCGGCCAGGCAGACUGCCAGCUCGAGCUGCCUGGGAUGGGGAAAUCCAUCAGCAGCCC